UGGGUGUAUUGGUGCGUUGACAGUUCGUUGGUAGCCGUCUCUCAGCAAACGUCAAACUCGGUAGCUGCGGUAGUAUUCCCUUUCACUGAUUAAUUUUGACGAACAAAAAUACAACAAUCAUCAAAAAUGAAAGUAUUUUUAGCCGAUUCAGUUAAAUUCUUUGUUUUUUAUUUUUUUUGCCUCAAAUUUUCGUAGUUCAAAAAUUCAUUGAACUCAACGAUAGCCAUACAAUCAAGUGAAUAUGCACAUUGGUCGCGGCAAUUAAAGUCAUUUGAACUUUAGUUCUGUAAGCAAAACCUGAUUUGUGAUGAUGUAAACAAAGUUAAAUACCAAGAAAAAUCACAAAGCACAUUACACGAUACGUCAACGACGCUUCGCUUAAUUGUCUCUCAUCUACACGCAUUGCUACAUUGGCAUUUUAGCGUGCUUGUUUAUCGCAUGCAGAUCAUUGUUCGCAUUUAAGUCAAUUGCAAUAUAUUCUUUAACCACAACUGAAUAGAACAAAAAAAAAAUUGUGAUGAAUUCUAGAUAAGAACAACUACGUGUGAAAUAAUUUAGUUCCGUUUCGGUGUUUUGAUUUAAUUGCCACACAAUGAAUGAAAUUCAUAUGAAAUUUAAGCCAUUCGUCAUUGGAUCGGCCACAGUGUUUUUUCUUAUAUUUUAUUUGGCAUUUUUGCGAACGCCGGAGUGUCCAAAUGACGCAAAAAAUGCAAUCGUCGCAGAUGCAUAUCAACAACAGGUGUCACAAAAGAAGCAAUCAUUAUUCAAUUCACAACCAUUUACCGUCUAUGCAAUCACACCCACUUAUGCACGACCAGUACAAAAAGCAGAGCUCACUAGACUAGCACAAACAUUACUGCUCGUGCCGUUUGUACAUUGGAUUAUUGUCGAAGACGCUGAUAAAAACUCCGAUUUGGUGCGGAAUUUACUGGAGAAGAAAGGCUUGACCCAUCGAAGUACAUUGCUCUUCGCUAAAACGCCUAGCGAUUUCAAGCUGCAGCGUAAAGAUCCGUCAUGGUCCAAGCCCAGAGGUGUCGCUCAACGAAACGAAGCACUGAAAUGGGUUCGAAACAACGUCAUUUACACACCAGAAUCACGUUCAGCGAUCUAUUUUAUGGACGACGACAAUACUUACGGCACCGAAUUAUUCGAAGAGAUCAAAAAGAUUGAGUCAGGGAAAGUGGCGGUGUGGCCAGUCGGACUUGUUGGUGGGUUAUUAGUGGAAAAGCCCGUUCUUGAUGACAACCAUCGUGUUUUAGGAUUCAAUAGUGCGUGGAGGCCCGAACGACCGUUUCCUAUCGACAUGGCCGGUUUUGCCAUUUCAACCGAUCUAAUGCUCAAAUAUCCCGAUGCAAUGUUUAGCUUUGAUGUGGAACGGGGCUAUCAAGAAAGUGAAAUACUCAGAUAUUUGGUGGUUGUUCGUGAUUUACAGCCGCUAGCCAAUUUUUGCCGUGAGAUUUAUGUUUGGCAUACCCGGACUGAAACGCCCAAACUAGACGCCGAGGCCAAAUUACGCAAAGAGGGCCGGAGAUCAGACGCAAACGGGAUGGAAGUUUAAAUGUUUAGAGAAGCUCUUUCUCAGGGCGAUUCUUUUCAACGAACAAUUGAACACAAAUAUUCAUCUAUUUUCAAUUUAUAUUAUUUCAAAAUCUCGUAAAAUCGGAAAUCAUUUUUUGUAUCUCAAACAAGUCACAAUUUGAAAUGUAAUUGAAGAGCAGCUUUAUACCGAAAAAAAAACAGGAACAGUUUAGAUGAUAAAAUGAAUAAAUCUAUUUUUUAUGCAAAA